UCCCCACUCCAGCAGUCUCCACUUCCUCGGCUGUACCUAUAACAGUGGCGAGAUAAGUUUGAAAGCUUCUGAGUCGAUCUUGUGAUCCCUUACCUACAGUGGGUUGUCUCCUUGUAACCGUCUCUGGAGAUAUUUCAGUGUGGUGGUGGUGGUGGUGGUGAUGAUGUUGACGACAAUGAAGGCGUUGCGGGGUUCUGCUCUGGUGGUGGUGAUUCUGGCCGCUUCGGUAGUAGCGCAAGUUGACAGUUCAGCUGCUGCUGCACGGCGUCAUGAGAGGAAGCUAACCGUUGAGGUACACUCAUCGCCAGGCACUGGCGGUGAUGGAGGCGGUCCAGGCCAGGACGGCACACCUGGUGCAGGUGGUGGAAGUAGCAAUGGAUGCUCAUGCCACAGUCCCCCAGGAAGUGGAGGAGGAGGAGGGGGAGGAGGAGGGGGAGGGGGCCCAGGUGGGACGUCUGCCUGCAAUUGUGGAUCCCCUGGUGGAGGCGGUGGUGAUGGAGGCAGCGGAGGUGGGUCACCUGGCACACCAGGCGGAGGAGGAGGCGGUGGCGGUGGAGGUGGAGGAGGUGGUGGCGGUUACGAUCACUUUAGCGGGGUAGGUGGAUAGGAUCAAGAUGAUCCCCGCAUUGAAGGAGGACACUGAAGUCUGCUCAAAGGCCCCUGCCGCCCUUUCGAUGUCGCCCUUUCGGGCGUUUUUGCUCCUUCAACUAGAGCUUCAAUAAAUGGCAUUUCUCUC